ACUUCAUUUAAGGUGAGCAAAGUUGCACUAGCGUUGUUUCUGGGCUGUUGUCAUGUUCGAUGUUUUAAGAAGUUGUCAAUGACAACACGUUACACGAAAAUGACUGAACUUGCGCUUAGCAAACGAGGAGCUUGUAUAGGUUUGUCGACGGCCUAUGAUGAGAAAUUUCCUCCAGAAAAUAUCAUUGACGGAGACAGAAAUAGCUUCUGGUCGACAACAGGAAUGUUUCCUCAAGAGUUCGUGAUUAGUCUUCCUUCCACUGCCGAAAUUGAUGCCAUCAAAAUGACAUGUUCAAAUGUCAAGCAUAUGUGCAUUGAAAAAUCAAUGAAACAGGACCCCGUUCAUUUUGAAAGGCUAUCAGAGAAAGAAAUGAGCAACUUAGAUGGUCAGAUGCAAAUAGAUGAUUUUCCGGUAAGAAUGUCCAAGUAUAACAUAAGAUUCCAACAACUAGGGUUAAUCAUUUGCGAUUUGUGAUCAAGUCUGGGUAUGAUCAUUUUGCUGCAGUUUAUCAAGUCAACGUUAGUGGAUCGUUGGAAGAUUAAACUCUUGCAGAUAUUGAGGUUACCCAAUGGUAUACUUGUACAUGCACAAACUUCAUUCUUAACAUACACACAUGAAUACAUGUAUUUAUAUCAUUGAAGUAUGAAAAACUAUGAUUGAUUUCAUAAACUUGUUUAAUAAUAGUAAUGGUAUGCAAUACUUAUGCACUAAUAAUUAUAAAUACAUGAUUUGUUUGCUUUCUGUUUAA